UCACACACGCUACAGGUCACCGGUUCGAGCAGCGCAAAAAUCAUUUUUUUUCUCCUUUCUUUUUUUUUUCCCCUCCGGUCUGUGUUAAUAGAAAAAUCGGCUGCGAAGCGGGGCUCGGUUUCUUAACCGCACAGAAUAUCCAGAAGCUUCUUCUUGGUCGGCCAGCGAACAAUUGCAGCGUUUAGACGUUUUCUGACAGAGACAAUUUGCCCCGUUAAAGCUUGAAAUUUGUGAUUUUUUUUUUCUCUCAUUUUCGGUUGAGUCCCAUCCAACGAUCUGAGAAGCUAUAGUAUUGUUUAGAUUGAAAAAAAGAGAGAUGGAUUGGGGAACUGUAACAGCAGAAGAUCUAAUCGGCGCUUUGAGGGAAGUAGAUUGGUCUAUACCUCCUCGUUCUAUCAAUGAAUUCUUCUCUAAAUUCACCAUCCCUAGAUCCUAUCCCAAGUGGAACAGCCGCCUCAAGUGCAAUCUCUACUACUACAGGACAAACUACUUCAUUUUGAUAGUAUUCGUUCUGGGGGUUGCAUGUCUCACAAGGCCGAUGGCUAUUCUUGCUGCUGCUUUGACAGCUUUAAGCUUUGCUUUUCUUAAUGAUAGUUUUGCAGCUACUUUCAGUGAAAAGGUGACAAGAACAGUAAGAAAGUUCUCUCCACAUUUGGCAGCAAAGAUGAGGCCUCCUCACAUGCCUGUCAUUCGUGGCCGUCCUUCAUCCAAAAAAUCAGUAUUCAUCUGUGGCCAACCUCGUGGGGUGUUUGUCUUCUUAUUCUCAGCUGCCAGUUUUAUUCUGUGGUUCACUUCUGGCACUCUGCUGUUUGCUUUAUGGGCAUUUGGCAUCGGCUUCCUUGUUACAGUUCUUCAUGCAAGUGUCAGGACACCUAAUCUGAAGGCACGCCUCAACACAUUCCGGGAAGAAUUUCGUGCUGUGUGGCGCAAUUAUAGUGAGCUGUGACUGGUCAUGGAGUUGAAGAGUACCACUCCAUCCCUGAUUCUCAACUUCAAUUUCAGUUAAGUUGCAAGUAUUCUUUGUAAAUAUAAACAAAUUGUCAGCUCAUUCGAUGGAGGGUGUUAGAAAAAAGGAAAAAAAUUAUUCUGCUUGAUUUUCUUUUUUCCCUUCUGUGUUAUGAAGUUUCCAUAUAUUUUUCUUAAAUAACUUUGAACUUCUUCUGUGAUUUACCUGGAGUUCGAAAGUCAAAGAAAGAACUGUCGUUUUAUUAUCCUUUUUA